UCCUCAAACCUAAUCGCAUAUAAAUAAGAGAAAUCGAAAACUGAUGCUUAUUAGUGCCGAAUCCGUCAUGGUGGCGACAAGUUGUUUAAUUGCGUGCCUACUGGCCAGUGCGGUAAAUGGUGCACGAAUUUUGGGCAUUUUUAUGAACCCCAGCUACAGUCACCAGUCGUACUUUCAACCGAUCUGGAAAGAGCUGUCGCUCAGAGGGCACGAGGUGACGAUAUACACCCCUAGACCUAUUAACGACCCGAAAUUGGUCAACCUCACAGAGUAUAAUAUAAACCUUAGCGACGAGCUACACAGCAAGAAAUUCGAAUCCGAGAAGUCGAACGGGUAUACCGACAUCUUUCACAGACUGUUGAGGUAUGCGGACGAGCAACUGAGUCACCCGGACGUCAAAGCUUUGAUAGAGAAUCGAGACAAUAGAACGUACGACUUGUUGCUGGUGGAAUUCCUCUUCCCGAGUUAUUACGCGUUGAAAGACUUGUACAAAGUGCCCAUGGUGGGGUUGGCUUCCCUGCCGCCGGUCAUUCUCAACUCGGACAUACUGGGAAUAGAAAAACAUCCCGCGUUAGAUCCAGACAUUAUGCUCCCGUUUUCUUCGACUUCCGAUUUGAAGCAGAGACUCAUCAGUUGGAUUUACAAUUUUGGAUUUCGGAUGGUCAAUAGGUUGUACGUGGAAUACCACGUUAACCUGCAAGCGAAGAAGCAUUUCGGCGAAAAUACCAGGGAUGUACGCGAAUUGGGACGAGAAGUCAGCCUGGUUAUCGCGGAUACCAGCUUCGAAUUGCACAACGUCAAGCCGGUUAUACCAAGCUUGGUCCCCGUUUCUGGGUUGCAUUUAAAGCCCCUCAAACCAUUGCCUGAUGACCUGGAAGCAAUACUAAACUCUUCUGACCAAGUCAUCUACUUCAGUUUCGGGACGAACGUGCGAACUGCUGAGAUACCCAAAAGGAUCGUCGACGUGGUCCUCCACGCGAUCCAACAAUUGCCGUACACGGUGCUGUGGAAAUACGACGGCGACGAGCUCCCGCAAAACAUAUCGUCAAAUGUCCACAUCCGGAAGUGGUUCCCGCAGCAAGAUGUGUUGGCUCAUCCCAAAGUCAAACUCUUCGUGACUCAGGGAGGACUGCAGUCGAUCGAGGAGGCCGUAUAUUAUCAAGUGCCCCUGUUGGUGGUGCCGUUCUAUUCGGACCAGAAAUACAAUGCUCAUCGACUGACGAGCCUAGGCGUUGCGGAAACUGCACUUCCACACACGUCUACGAAAGAGGAAAUAUCCUCCAAAAUUAAGAAGAUAUUAGGCAAUCCAAAAUACAAAGAAAAUAUGGAACACAUUUCUUCGAUAUUCUUGGACGAGCCUAUGAAACCUAUAGACAAAGCGAUAUGGUGGAUCGAGUACGUGCUCAGGCAUAAGGGCGCCGAGCAUUUAAAAUAUGGCGCUGUCGGAAUGCCGUUUUACCAGUACUAUAUGCUCGACGUGUACGCGACGUUGAUCUUAGCCGUUGUGGUACUAUACCACAUAUGCAGAAGGAUCUACAGAUUGCUCUUCAGGAACGCGAUAUAUCCGUUAAUUGGAUUAGUAUACAGGUUAAUUUUCAAAAGGACGCUCUCUGAGACUGAAAAGAAACACCAAUGAGAAUUAGGUUGUUUAUUUAUUUAAUUAUUUAUUUUUAUAUAAGCGCUCAUACAUUAUUUUCUAUGUAGAUAUCUCAAUAUUAUACUAAAUCUAUUAUAAUAACUUUUAAGGCCUCAUUUUGUGGGGUUGU